AUGCCUAUACCAGAGGUCCAAAACUCUACCAUACCAGAUGCAGCGGUACCUAGUACGCCUCGCAGGAAACGUAGACGAACCCUCGGCACAGGAGCCGCAAAUGAUUGCUUUACCUGCUCCCGCCAGAAUGCAAGCUGCGAUAGGAAAAGGCCCUACUGCACACCAUGUCUUGAGAAGGGAAAGGACUGCGCAGGGUACAAGACGACAUUGACAUGGGGUGUUGGUGUUGCAAGUCGGGGCAAAUUGCGGGGGCUGUCACUACCGAUAGCAGGCAACAAACAAAAGCCAUCGGCUCGGCUUAAGAAUUCGCCUCGUGAGCGUGAAUCUCUCAAGAGCGAGCUAUCAAGGCGACGUGUGCAGAAAUCGGGGCCGCCAAACAGCUCUCUUCACACGUUCUCAAAUUCUACAACGUUGACCUCUGAUGGUAACCCAUGUACCGAGGCAUUGAAUAUGACAUGGCAAUCUAUUCCACCUGCUCCUCACGUCGUCUCGCAUCCUCAAAUUCCCUCCGGCCCAGGCUCCGCAGCCAUUAGUUCGUCUCCGGACUCCUCCCUUGAUAAUGCGCCGGCUUCGAGCAAAUCUGAUCGAUCCGUUCUUACGGCUGGCACGGGGUCAGUCGAGACGUAUAGCGAGCAAGGCUUUAGUCAGGUUUCAGGAACUGUCGUACAUUCCGAGACCACUAGUCCACCCGGGGGUUUUCAAUGGCCUCAAAGGCCUCGGUCUCACAGUCAGAACGCCACUAGCUUCAUACAACCACAGUCUGCAGCAUUUUGGCCAGCACGAUUUGAUCAUGAGAGAAGUCCCAGUCCCAGUAGAUCCGAUGUGCCAAUACUAGGUAAAGCACAAUGUUGUAUGCAAAUUGACGGUCAAAAAUUGUUGGAUCUCUUGACCGUAGAUCCUACCUGUUUACAAGAUGAAAAAAUUCCAGAAACCUUUGCAGAAGCCGCGGAAGUUGAGGAUCAUGAGCAUGUUAGCUCGAAGUGUGAACAUAGAUCACCAACUGGUGACUGUUUGGACCAGACUUCUCUUAUUUUCUCACCAUUCUCUAAUGGACACACGAUUGGGAAAACCCCGCGAAUGCAGUAUCUCAUCAAUUAUUAUACCGAAGUCAUCUCGCCGGUCAUUGUGGCCUUUGACGGUCCCACAAAUCCGUACAGAAGUUAUAUACUCCGGUUGGCCUCUGAAAGCGAGACACUGCAACAUGCAAUUUCAGCACUCUCUGCGAGUAAUCUUCGCCAGCGUCGUGAAAGUGGAGAAUUGUCGACAGGCAAAACAGAUCCAGCAAGAAGGUCCUCAAUGGCACAUCUGACAUUGACAGACAAGGCAUGGCAAUCUAGACCUGGCUAUUUAUCUGUUGAACACCAGAGGAAGGAGGAGAAUUAUCACAAAAAUGCCACAGUUCAUUUGAUACAAAAACAAUUCGCAGAUCCAGCACAGCACCGGGAUGACUCUGUGCUAGCUACGCUACUCAUCGUUUGUCUCUUCCACAUCUGCGAAUCAGGAGUUGCAAAGUUUAGGACGCAUUUUGCUGGGGCUAAGAAAUUGCUAGGGAUGCGCGAAAAUGCAAGCAUCUUGAAGUCUAAGGAAGCAAAGUGGUUCACUAGAAUGUUCACUUGGUUUGAUGCCAUGACGGCCACUGUGAACGAUCGCGAAGGCCAGAUGCAAGAUGGACUCCUCGAUAUGUCAAGUCUCCUAGACGAAGACUGGACAUUGGAAAACCUAGCUGGCUGCGAUGGCAAGCUCUUCAAGAUCAUGGCAAAGCUGGGCCGCCUCAAUAUCCUUAGUCAGAAUGGUGUGCUCGAUGACGUUUCCGCUCCAGCUUCCUGCAGUGCUCCUGUAUUGGCGCCCGACCUGUCCUACUGGAACAACUCUGACGGCGACACUUGGACUAUCGACAGUAGCAGUGGGGCGAUUCCAAUUUCUAGUGAAUCAUAUCCCGACAUAUACACAACAUAUGGACGUGAGUGGCACAAGACCCGUAAUGCUCUGAUGUCGUGGAGGCUAGACACUAGUCCGUUCAGCAGUGGUAAUCGUGACGCGCCAGCUCUUUCUGAGGACCAGCAGGUGGAUCUUUUGAACAUCUCCGAGUCCUUCAGGUUCUCGGCGUUGAUCUACUUGGAGCGCUUAGCCCUUCCGCACGUUCCAUCAUCGGAUUCCCGGAUUCAAACCUGGGUACAGAAAGCUCUGUAUUUCAUCGAACUCGUUCGCAGUGAUGUGUACCUUCUUUGGCCAUUAUUUGUUACGGGGAGCGAGUGUGUUUCAGAGGACGAUCGACAUAUCAUUCGGCAACGCUGUCUUGACAUUCAGAAAGAUUCCGGGUUUUCCAACAAUGCUUCAUGUUUGAAGCUUCUAGAGAAGAUCUGGACCUCGAAUCCGAAUAAACCGCGCGGGUUCAGAUGGCGCUCGGUAAUGGAUGCCAAUGUAUCUGGAGGAGAAUAUAUUGUAGUCUGA